AUCUCAUCCUAUCUUACACAUUCCCGCAACGAUGAUUAUGCCAAAGACAAUGACGCACUCGACCAUCGUACUGCAGCCGAGCGCGGGCAACGAAUCCAAUGCAGUCAGUCAGUUGUACUUUUAUCCCGACGGCGCGAGGGAGCCCUCUAUCAGCAUGACCCUGAGGAAACCCGGGUACGCGGGCUGUGUGCUGUACCACAACUAUGUGUCCCCCGCGGACGAUACCCUGCUCGCGCGCAUCGUCGACGAGCCGCUCGUGAUGACCUACGGCCAGCACCGGUGCCACUUCCAGUGGCCCGCCGGACAGAAUGUUUACGAAGGCGGGUACCGGCGUUUCCCGGGGACAUCGGCCAGACAGUUCAACUGGACACCGGAGGACUCGGAAAUGCCUCUCAUCACGUUCAAUCUUGAGCCGGAUCAAUCAUGGAAGAUCGAGAUACCCGACUACGCUAGCUCGGCCGAGCUCGCUGUGUGCCGAUCGAGGGACUGCAUCUCCUGGAGGGCGACGUUCAAACUCGCGUCGAUGUCGCGCGAGGCGGCGGAGUGGGUGUGCGAGCUGCUGGACUACGCCGUGUUUGUGCCGAUCGUCCUGUUCAAGUACGGCGUGCCGGAGAAUCUGUGAGGCUGGCUGCUCAUCAUGACGCAUGUGCGUGCCACGUUGGAUAUAUUUACGAGUGGCUUAUGGACUGUAUACUGCAUUCUUCAUAUGUACUUCUACCAUUAUACAAGUGUAUCUGUUCUUGAUCUCAAACUUGUUCUUGGAUUGGAGACGUGUUUUUGUGUAUGUAAGGGCGAGGGCCGCAGAUGUAUGCUUGUGGAUCAGAUACUGCAUUCUUCAUAUAUAUUUCAUCCUAACCCUACAGUGUCUCGAUAUCGAUCACGUAUCGUAUUGUAUUACCAGCCGUGAGCCCAAGCAUUCCCGGAAGAGUCCGAGCCCCAUCAGUACGUGCGCUAAACACAGUUUAGCACGUGUCGCUGGAUUCUCGAUGUUGAACUUCGACUAGCAACGGGCAACAUGAAUUAGCCGAGGGACCCACUGGAGCCCCGCCAGAGUCCCGCACACCGCUAAAGGACUCCCGCUGGAUUCAGUCCCGCUUGGGGUGGGUUCACGCGAGGCUCGAACCUUCGACCUCCUCGAUCUCAACGAAUGUCAAUGCAGCGACUGAUGCAACAGGUUGGGAGAUCUUGC